AUGGCUAUGUUUCCGUGGAAGCCUCGCUUGUAUCGUCGCUACAUCGAUGAUUGUCUGGUAGUAUGGUGUCAUGGUCUUGUCAAGUUGAUGGAGUUCGUGCAGUACUUGAGCAGCAGACACCCAGACAUACGCUUCACAGUAGAACACACCCAGCAGAAUGUCUCGCACACAGUCAGCUACCUCGACUUGUCUAUCUCUGUGGCGAGUGGUGUUGUGCAGUGGGAGUUGUUCGUUAAGCCCAGUCAUAGUGGUGUCCAUCUAUCGUACGAGUCUUCAUUGCCAUUGGGGGUGAAGCGUUCGGUUGCCCAGGAGCAGUUUCGGCGCGCAAAUAGCAACGCGUCAACCGACAGGGGGAGGGAGCGGGGAGAGAAGAAGAUCGAGACAUUACUACGAGACAACGACUACCCACAACACGCUAUUCAAGCAGCCAAGCACCAUGCAAGCACACCAAGACCAUCAUCCACCAGACAACGACAACAAUCGUACACAUCCAUCAUCAAACUGCCCUUCGUCAAUGAUCGUUUGGCACGUGAUGUUCGUCGUACGGUGAGGUCUUUCAGUAAGGAUGUGCGUGUGGUGUUCCAGUCCGGUCGGUCACUAAGGGACAUGUUGGUAUCGUCAUCAUUGUCCCGUCCUGAAUGCCCGAAGGAAGUGUAUAAGAAGAGAAGAGGGAGGGGGCGACCAGUUGAAUGUCGUGCAUGUGAUGCUGGUAUGGAGAGUGGUCAGUGUUUGUCUCAGGAUGUUAUCUACUCGAUGUUAUGUGCACUUUGCGCCGAGGAGUACGUUGGCGAGACCGAGCGAACUGCAAGGAAGAGAUUUGAGGAGCAUUGCAGAGAGGCCAAAGCGCAAGCGCUGGAGACGCCAUGGGGAGAACACUAUGCAGAACACCACCCACAACAAGCAAUCACAUCUACACCCAUCACCAACGCAUCAAUUCUCGCCAAGCAGUCGUCCCUUGUGAAUCGUCGUAUACGUGAAGCAAUGUUCAUUCGUGAUAAACGCCCAAGUGUUAACAGGGAUCGUGGCUGGAGACUGCUGGACACAGUGUGA